AGGACACCGUCUUCCUCCGGGACGAGGAGGAGCGCCGUGAGUACGUGCUGUCUCAGCAGGGGCUCAUCUACCAGGGCUCCCCCGACUACAUCACCUCCAUCCCCUGGGACUUCAGCCAGUUCGAGGAGGAGGUCUUGCCCAUCUGCCUCAAGCUGCUGGACACAAACCCCAAAUUCCUGAAGGACCAGAACCGGGAUUGCUCCCGCCGCAACUCACCAGCCUUCUCCUGCCCCUCUCUUGUCAUGCCGCAGGUGAAUUGUAACGACGAGGACCGGGGGGUGCUGGUGGGGCGGUGGGACAACUGUUACGAGGAUGGGAUGAGCCCCAUGUCCUGGAUCGGGAGUGCGGAUAUCCUCAAGAGGUGGAAGAAGUUUGGGUGCCAACCAGUCAAGUAUGGCCAGUGCUGGGUCUUCGCUGCCGUGGCGUGUACUGUCAUGCGGUGCCUGGGCAUCCCCAGCCGGGUGGUGACCAACUACUACUCAGCCCACGACACCAACGGCAACCUGGUCAUCGACCGCUACGUCAGCGAGAUGGGGGAGGAGGACCGGCGCUCCAGGGACUCGAUCUGGAACUUCCACUGCUGGGUGGAGUCCUGGAUGGCCCGUCCAGACUUGGCACCUGGCUACGAUGGGUGGCAGGCACUGGACCCAACGCCCCAGGAGAAGAGCGAAGGNNUGUUCUGCUGCGGGCCGGCGCCCGUCAAAGCCAUCAAGGAGGGCGACCUGCAGCUGAAGUACGACAUCCCCUUCGUCUUCGCGGAGGUGAACGCCGACGUGGUGUACUGGGUGGUGCGGCGCGACGGGUCGGAGAAGAAGAGCACCCACUCCUCGAUGGUGGGGAAGAACAUCAGCACCAAGAGCGUGGGCAGAGACAGCAGGGAGGACAUCACCCACACCUACAAGUACCCAGAGGGGUCUGAAAAGGAGAGGGAAGUGUUUGCGAAGGCGGAGCACGAGAAGCGCUCCCUCGGGGAGGAGCACGGGGGGCUGCACCUCAAGAUCAAGCUGUCGACGGGCGCGAACAACGGCUGCGACUUCGACGUCUUCGCCGUCAUCGGGAACGACAGCGACACGGAGCGGGUGUGCCGGCUCAUGCUGUGCGCCCGGACUGCCAGCUACAACGGCACCAUCGGGCCCCAGUGCGGCAUGACGGACCUGCCGGACAUCUCCCUUGCGCCCCAGGAGGAGAAGUGCGUGCCGCUGCAGAUCCGGUACGAGGACUACAGGGAGAGCCUGAGCCAGGACAACUUCAUCAAGGUGGUGGCUCUGCUGACCGAGCACCAGAGCGGUGACAUCAUCGUGGCCAUCCGCGACAUCUACGUCCAGAAUCCCGAGAUCAAGAUCAGG